UCAGCGAGGCUUGCUCCUCCAAUCAGAUGUUUGUAUUAAAUUAAAUUUUCUGUUUUCUUUUCCUUUUCUGGCUAGCUACUAUUCAACAUGGCUGGCUAUACAACCGUCGUCCCUUUGCGGAAUCUCCACCGGUAUUCAGGGGCUUCGGACAGAUCCCAGGGCACAGAUCUAACAGACGGACCUACGCCGCGACACUCUCUGCUUUCUGGGAGAUACAAGCAGAGCUACGCCUACCUCACAUUGAGGUCGCGGAUGCCGGGAGUCAUGCAGCAGGUGGUCAAGCAGCUAUCCGCCGAUGGACCGAUGCUUCAACAGAAAUACGGUGAAGAGGUGCAAAAGGACAUCCGGCAGAUAGUGGAAGCCGUGGAGCGACUGAAGAUGGACCUGAACCGUGAUCGAACCUUUCAGGUAUUUCGUGGCAACGAGCCGGAUAAGAACGAGUGGAACGCCUUCCUCACGGAGCUGCCGUUUCCCAAAAGGUGCUACUUCCGUGCCUGCUGGCUGCACGCCGAGUGCUACCUGUACCGGCGCCUAUACUCCUUCUUUGAGAACAGUCGCUUCCUUACCGGCUACGACUGCUUCUUCCACCUGAAGCGCGAUGACAUGUUGGCUUGUGAGCCUGCCAUCAAGAUCCUGUUGAGAGCCACUCACGGACUGGCCGGGGACUUUGAGAGCUUCAGAAAGCUGCUGGUAUUUAAUCUGUGGAGCAACCGCUUUGGCCAGCAGGUGAGUUCCUACGAAUUCAAGGAGACCGAGAACCCGGAGGAUAUAGAUGUCCUUGUCCAAGUGGCACAAUUUGAUCGGCAACUUCUAGUGGACGACUCUUGGCUUUUAUGGAAAUGCCUGAACAGAAGCAGGGUAAAUGACCAAGAGCUUAUCGUGGACUUCAUAAGCGACAACGCGGGCUUCGAGCUCUUCACCGACUUCCUGUUCCUGGUCUUUCUGGUGGAGAACAAGAUUGCCGACCAAGUGCGCCUCCAUGUGAAGGCCAUUCCCUGGUACAUCUCCGACACGACCACACUGGAUGUGGAGUGGACAGUGAAUUAUCUGCUGCAUCAUGGGAACGAGUUCAUUUCGGGGUUUGGCCGCAAAGUGGAACGCUUGAUGAGUGCCAAGAAGAUCAUCAUAGCGCCAAUAUCUCAUUUCUGGACAGGACCACAGCCCUACUUUGCGAUGGUGGAACUGGAUUUCGACCUCUAUCGCCUGCUCACCACCGCCCGGGUGGCCAUCUUCAAGGGGGAUCUCCACUAUAGGAAGCUGCUGGGGGACUUUAUUUGGGACACCACGGAGGAAUUCAUCACCUGCCUGCGGGGCUUCAGGCCGACGAAUAUCUGCGCCAUCCGGACGGUCAAGUGCGAGGUUCUUUGCGGUUUGCCCGAGGGCAAAGUGGAUGCCCUGCACCGCCGCGAUCACAGGUGGGUCUUUGGUGGCUCCUACGGGUUAAUCCAGUACACCGACUCCCUGAAGUGCUGCUGCGGAUUGGAGUUAAAAACAAGGUUCUCCUGAAGCCCCUUUCCGGUGAAUAGAUGAGCAUAGAGUGCAGCUGGCCGGGAUCGGGUGCCGAGUGUCUCAAUCUGCGUGGCCGCCGGCGUAGAAAACUCCUCGCCAACAACAAAUGAGUGCGAAUUUGUCAGCCGAAUGUCGAAUCUCUGCCGGCUCGUUACGCCUCCGACUGCAAGUGCUUCCAAAUCCCCCCAAGGACCCAAGUCCCGCUCUUGACUAAUGCUGUUGGUUUUAUGGAUGGGGCGCACAUGCGCAGGCAAUCUGGAAAUGGAAAGUUGCCCGAGUGGAAAAGCAAAGGCCAAAGGCAAAGAGUCCAUGGCGAAAAUUAAAUAUGUGCUGAUUAAAUUGAUUGUGCUUCCAGAUCUAA